AAGCAAAUGCAGAGAUUAGAGGCGGGACUGAUACGCCCUUCUAACUCACCCUACGCGGCAACAACGGUGGUAGCAGCGCAGACCGACCUUACAGGAGAGGUGCUAGCGAGAAGAAUGUGCGGCGACUACCGAGAGCUCAAUCGAGUAACGAGAGCUGAUCGAUAUAGCAUGCCAACUGCAGAGGAGAUUUUUGACAGGCUAGAAGGCGCGGUCAUAUUCUCCACUUUGGAUAUGCGGCAGGGAUUCAAUCAGAUAGCAAUAAAAGGAGGAGAUAAAGGCAAGACUGCCUUUCAUGGAGCUGACGGCCUGUACGAAUGGAACAUGAUGCCGUUUGGGCUGAGGAACGCAUCAGCCGUGUUCCAGAGAGUCAUGGACCAAGUGCUGAAGACAGUGCCAGCAGUGGCGUGCUACAUUGACGAUGUAGUGAUUUUUAGCAAGAGCGAAGAAGAACAUGCUGAGCACCUGAAGGCGACACUAGAUGCUAUAGCAGACGCAGGGCUGACCUGCCAUCCAGAAAAGUGCAAGAUAGCCAGAAAGACAGUGGCCUACCUGGGAUUUGAGGUGCAAGGCGGGAAGAUGGGGAUUCAGGAGGCCAAGGUGGCGGUGCUAGACAAACUGGGGACACCGAAGGACAAGGGAGCACUGAGAGCACUCUUGGGGUUCUUGAACUACUACCGGCGCUUCAUCCCGAACUUCAGCAAGAGAGCAUACAGGCUGAAUCAGCUUCUGAGAGAAGAGCAAGCAUGGAAGUGGGGAUCAGAGGAAGAGCAGGCGAGAAGGGACUUGUUAGAGGCCAUCAAAGCAGGGACGGUGCUGCAGCUGCCAAAGAAAGACGCUCCAUUUACAAUCUACACGGAUUGGAGCAGCAUGGGCAUGGGAGCAGUACUGUGUCAAGAGCUGGAAGGAGAAGAACGAGUGGUGGCGUACACCAGCCGAAGCUGCACAGCAACGGAAGCUAACUACAGUUCAUACGAGGGUGAAGGAUUGGGAGCAGUGUGGGGAGUAACCCACUUCAGGGCCUACUUGCAAGGGCGCAAAUUCACGUUAGUAACAGACCACCAGCCGCUCUUAUGGCUGAUGACUAAUCAGACGCUGAUGGGGUGGAAUGCCCGAUGGGCAAUGCGAUUGCAAGAGUACGAUUUGGCGCAGGAGGCGAAGGAGCAAAGACUGGGGCAUUACGGGGGAGCCAGGACUAGGCAGCUAUUACAAACCACGUACUGGUGGACGGGGAUGAGAAGAGACGUGGCGCAGUGGGUGCAGGGGUGCGAGGCAUGCGAGCGGAACAAGGCAGCGCUGGAGAAGGGGAGGGAAGAGCUGCAGUCUUUGCCCAUACGUGGCUUAGGAUUCAGGUGGUCUUUGGACCUGGCAGGUGAAUUACCGUUAUCCAGACGAGAGAAGAUGUACAUAGUGGUGAUGAUAGAGCACAUGACCAAGUGGGUGGAGGCAAGAGCCAUAGCCAGCAAGAACAGUGGGCUGAUAAGGGAGGCAAUUCUGGACCAAGUGCUCACCAGAUAUGGCGCAUGCGGGGAAGUGCUGACAGAUCAAGGCACGGAGUUCCAAGGCAGCUUUGCUGAACUCUUGAAAGAAGCAGGCAUCACUCACAGAGUGACGUCGCGGUACCAUCCUCAGUCUGACGGGUUGAUCGAGCGGAUGAUACACACGAUCAAGAAAGGAUUGCGGGUGUACAGAGAACAGAAGAAGAGAGAGUGGGAUACAGAGCUGCCAUGGGUGCUGGCGGGCUAUCGGUUCGCAAAGCGAUCAGCCCUGAAGGACAUGUCUCCAUACCACUUGCUGUAUGGCAGAGAGCUAGUGCUGCCCGUGGAUAUAUGAGGGUGAAGAUUGAAAAGUUUU